AAUUAUCAUCAGUGGUUGUGUUACCGACGAAGAAAGGUGUUUUGAAUAAUAUUCGGGGGAAGCACAAAAAGAUUUUCUUUGUCGUGCAACAAGUGAGUGAGCAAGAUUUGAAACUAAUUCGAUCAAUUAUGCGUUGUUUGUUGGUGCCUGGAAGAUGAAGACAAUAGAGGGAAAAGUGGUGGCUUUGGGAUCCCAAGGUGUUGGGAAAACAAGUAUGAUCAUACGCUACGUCAGGAAAGCAUUCAACGAACGUGCGAAUCCCACGAUAGGCGCAUCCUUUUUUACGUGUAAAUUAAAUUUGGUAAACACAAGAAUAAUGCUACAGGUCUGGGACACUGCUGGCCAGGAAAGGUUCAGGUCCAUGGCACCGAUGUACUAUAGAAAUGCCAAUGCAGCCAUGUUGGUGUUUGACUUAACGCAGUAUAACACAUUCACAGCAAUGAAAGGUUGGGUGGCAGAGCUUCGCAGAAAUGUGGAGGAGACUAUGGUGUUGGCAGUAAUAGGGAAUAAGUCUGAUCUGAUAAAUGAGCGGCAAGUUGAUAGUGAGGAGGGUAGAGUCUAUGCAACAAAAAUUGGUGCCAGUUACCAUGAAACAUCUGUUAGAGAUGAUGAAGGUAUUGAAAGUGUUUUUUUGGAUAUUGGCAUGGGUCUGCUUAAGCUAUCUUCCAAUGAAAGAGAGGCUACAUCCAUUAGGGUAUACGAGUCAACAAGCUCCGAUAUGAGUGGUAUGGACCCAUGCUGUACACCCCUAGAGGAAAGUCCUCAGAACCUCAGUAUUGCUCACGGGAUACAAGAGAGAAUACACACCUGCUGCUAGUCUUUUCUAUUUUGUUUAUGGCUCAAAUAUAGUCUAGUGUCAGAAGCAAGUAUACUUCAUUUGUAUUGUUUGAAGAUACUAACAAAAGCACUUCAAAACUAAACUAAUUCCACUCUUGCCUAAAAAUUUACGAUUAUGUAGUUACAUUCUUCUGACACUAAUCCUUUUGUCAAGUGGGAUUCCACAUAAAAAUGUACUAAAAUGAGAAGUCAUUCUUAUCGCAAGAAAAUAGAUGUCGCUUGUAACGAUAACAACGACAAUGUCUUCCAUACAUGAUUUCUAUAUAAAUAUAGAGCUCAUUCCAAACAUACUCUUUUCUUGUGUAUUUAAUAUUUCUACUGUUUUUAAUAAAAGUGAAAAACAA